AAUUUAAUAGAUUAAUUACGUUCUUGUUCUACAUUCCAUGAUGUAACAUAGUAGCAUUGCAUCUUAUCGACAAACAAGGACACAUGUGUUACUAAACAAUACACACCUGAUGUGUCGUCAUUUCAUGACCUUAGCGAUUUCCUUUAUAACUCAAAAUAAAAGUUAUGGAUCAAGAUUACUACAUAACGCAUAAAAUGAAGAAUUUCAAGAUAAGAAGUUACACAAAAUCCACGUUCGCAUACACAAAGUUACGUAAAACUUUUGGGAGGCAGCCGUUAUUUCAAAUGGUACCUGCGCAUAUAAUAGAUUCCAUAAACCCUGACCAAGAACUGCAGAAGGAGUAUAUACUUCGAAACCCCGUACACCGUGAAGUACAAGCAUCCCUACCACAAUCCGAACACGAGACAAACACAAGACGAAGAGUUAUGCAUGAGCAAGGAAUAAACCAUACUGAAGGUGGUUGGCCUCCAGAUGUUCAUCUUUACAAUGAAGAUCACCUCAAUCGUCAUCGUCGUCGAGUACAACAUGAAGAUAAUUAUAUACAUUCUAUUCUAAACAUGAAACCUUACGUGGAACACUUAAUAGAUCAAAACAACGCAAUCGAUAUGUAUCAAACAUAUUUUGCUGACAUGCAACCCCAAACACCUGUUGAGAAAUAUAAUAUUCAAAUUGCUAAUAUAUUUCGAGACCCAUUUUGUCGACCCGUAUCAUGUAUUACCUGGACAAAUGAAAAAAUAGCAAAAUUAGUCGCGUCGUAUUGCUACAAGAUGUAUCCGGAAUCUGAAACAAAAUCAAAAAAGAUUUGCUAUGUUUGGGAUGUAAACAAGCAAACUUCUCCUAUAUAUGAAUUUUCUCCCACUCAUGGAUGUUGGCAAGUAGCAUGUUCGCCAUUAGAAUCUGAUUUAUUAAUAACUGGACUUGGAAAUGGCACCGUUAGCGUAUUUGACAUUCGUGUAAGUUCUAACUCUGUAGGUAGCAGUUCUAUCUACAACUCUCAUUUUGCACCAGUUACAGCUCUACUUUACACAAAUUCCCGAACGAACUCAGAAUUUUUUACCGGAUCUCCAGAUGGCCAAUGUCUCUGGUGGGACAAAAGAAAUCUUUCUAAACCUAUUGAUCGUUUACAAAUGUCUGUCAAAUUAGCAGUAAAUGAAGAACCAUCAUUUAUUAAUUCUCAGGGUGUAAGCGCUCUUGAAUUUGAUCGUGGUCUACCGACAAAAUUUUUGUGUGGUACAGAGUCAGGGUUAAUUAUAAACACUAAUCGCAUGGGCAGAAGCCGUUCGGAGAUUUUGACCUCAUUUUGGGAUGCACAUACAGGACCAGUGAAGGCGGUACAACGGAGCCCGUGUACUUUGAGAAUGUUUAUCUCUUGUGGAGACUGGAGGGUCCGCAUUUGGAGUGAAGAAGUUCGCACUGCUCCUAUAAUAGUAACACGUCCAUAUCGUUAUCAAAUUACUGAUGUAUCCUGGGCUCCUCUGCGAUUUUCUAGUUACAUGGCUGUAUCGGAGGAUGGUAUAUUUCAUUAUUGGGAUCUUCUUCGAAAAUAUAAUCAACCAGUUGCUAAUCUACACAUAUCAAGCCACGGACUCAAUAAAGUUACACCUCAUCCAGAAGGCCAAUCUAUCGCUGUUGGUGAUAAUGAGGGAUCAUUAUUUUUACUACAUUUGUCGGAUAAUAUGAUUUUUCCCGGUCCAAACGAUAAACAGUUGAUGCAUCAGACUUACAAUCGUGAAACCAAACGGGAACAUAAUGUAGAUACGCGUCUUAAAGAGCAACGAUUGAAAAUGCGGACAGGAGUAGAACCACCAACUGUGUUUAAUGAAGAAGAAAAUAGCGAUAUUGAUGAUCUUGAGGAAGUUACUAAAGAAUAUUUUAACACUGUUAAAAAAGAGAUAAGUCAAAUGGGUGGAGCUUUAGCUGGCGAUUCAUGAUAUAGCAAUGUUUCAUCUUAAAUGACGAAACUUCAAUUUUUUUUUACUUAUACGAGUAUGAAUUUGCUCUAUUGCUUGUUUUUACCUACAUGUGAAUGUAAUAAUGUCACCAUUAAUUUUGUUUAGUAAAGUCCUCCUAAUUAGGUAUGUGCUGCUAUAGGUCAUCGAUAUUUAUAAAACGAUUCAAAAAUCUGUUAGCCCGCAUGUGUUCGUAAUAUUUCUCAGAAUACAUCCGGCGUAUUGACAGAGGGUCACGCUCACGAUCGACUCCAAAAUAUGAUGAUGCAGCGGCGCGCCCGCUCGCCGCUAAGGGGAAGAAUGUUAUUAAUAAUAUUAAAAACCUACCUAUGAGAAGUAUGCACAACUAAUGAUUAUUAACAC